AUGCCAUCCCUUACCGUUGGCCUCGCUGGUAUCACGGGCAAGUUCGGCCGCCUGCUCGCCUCAAAGCUCCUCCAGAGCCCUGGCAUCCACCUCCGCGGCUAUGCUCGUGAUCCCUCCAAGGUGGUCCCCGCUCUUGCUGAAUCGCCUCGCCUCAAACUGUUCAAAGGCGAAGCAUUUGACGACACAGCCAUCAAGCCGUUUGUUACUGGCUGCGAUGUUGUCGUUUGUGCCUAUUUGGGUACCGAUGACCUCAUGGUAGAUGGCCAGAAGAAGCUUAUCGAUGCUUGCGAGGAAGCUGGUGUCCCUCGCUACGCUUAUCUUGAGACGAAGAAAACCGUCAAGGGCGUACAUGUCCUCAUCGGUGGCUUCAUGGAUCCCAUCUUUAGUCCUUUGUUUCAGGUCUGGGAUCCCGAAGCCAAGACGCUGCGAUAUUGGGGUGAGGGUGACGAGCCCUGGGAGGCCACGUCGUAUGACAACGCGGCCGAGUUCACUGCUGCGGUUAUAGCAGACACGUCGGCGAUUGGUAUUAAGAAAUAUCUUGGUGACCGCAAGUCGAUCAAAGAGAUCGCUGCAACGUUCCAGGAAGUGUAUGGCAUCCAGCCUAAGCUCGAGCGCCUAGGGAGCCUCGAUGACUUGAAGACCCAGAUGAACGCUCUACGGGCCAAGAAUCCUAGCGGCGUGUUCAGCUACAUGUUUUUGUUUUUCAUGUAUUAUUGGCUCAAUGGUCAGACUUUUGUCGGUCCCGUUACUGAUAAUGAACGAUAUCCUGAGGUUAAACCGGAGACAUGGGAGGAAUUCUUGAAGAAGCGCGGUUUGGAUGAGCUUCCUCAAGCCUACUUCUCACUCGCUCAGUAA